AUGGAGGCCGUUGCUGAACAGUCAAAAAGCGCCUUGAAGAAGGCUGAAAAGCAGGCCAAGUUCGCUGCCGACAAGGCCGCGAAGGCUGCCAAGAAGCAAGCCCUUCCUGUUGUCGGAGGCAAGAAGGCGGACGAAAUUAUUGGAAUUACCAAUUCCAAGGCCGAGAAUUUCUCAGCAUGGUAUCAAGAGGUGGUUCUUAAGGCCGAAAUGGUCGAGUACUACCAGGAAAUUUCAGGAUUUUUCGUCCUGCGUCCCUUGUCUAUGCACAUCUGGAGCACAAUCCGCAAAUGGUUCCAGGGCCAUAUCGAAGAACUUGGUGUCGAGGAAGCUAGCUUUCCCCUCUUCUUAUCGAAGACGUCACUUGAUAAGGAGAAGGACCAUGUUGAUGGUUUCGCUCCUGAGCUUGCCUGGGUUGAGAGAGCCGGUGAUAAGAAGCUCGACGUCCCCGUCGCCAUCCGCCCUACCUCCGAAGCUGUCAUGUAUCCUUACUAUGCGAAAUGGAUUCGUAGUCACCGAGACCUCCCUCUCCGACUGAACCAAUGGAACUCUGUCGUGCGCUGGGAAGCUAAGCAGACCACUCCUUUCCUUCGAACCCGAGAAUUCUUGUGGCAAGAAGGGCACACUGCUCAUCUGACUGAAGAAUUGGCAGGAAAAGAAGUUUUGGAAAUUUUAGAGCUCUAUGCUGGGGUGUACGAGCAGCUUCUGGCUGUUCCCGUCGUUCGUGGCAGGAAGACUGAGAAUGAGAAGUUCGCUGGAGGGUACUACACCACGACUGUCGAGGGAUACAUCCCCUCCAAUGGUAGAGGUAUUCAGGGUGCCACAUCCCACUGCCUGGGGCAGAACUUCAGUAAAAUGUUUCAAAUCACAGUUGAAGACCCCCAAAACAAGGGCCAACACGUCCAUGUCUGGCAAAACUCGUGGGGUCUGUCUACCCGAGUCAUCGGCGUCAUGGUUAUGGUGCACGGUGAUGACAAGGGUCUCGUCCUCCCUCCCCGUAUCGCCCAGACCCAAGCAAUCUUUGUUCCCGUGGGUAUUAACAAGAACACUACCCCUGAAGAUAGAAAGAAGCAUGAGGAUCAGAUGGAGGAUAUGCGUGCAACUUUGAAGAAGGUGGGUGUUCGCUCACAGUCAGAUUGGCGAGAGGGCUACACUCCUGCCUGGAAGUUCAACGAUUGGGAGAUGAAGGGUGUGCCAUUGCGACUGGAGUUUGGCCCUAAGGAUGCUGCCAAAGAAGUUGUUUCAUUUUCGAGACGCGAUACUGGAGAGAAGGGUACCAUCCCCAUUGCUGAGAUUGGAACCAAGAUUCCUGAGCUUUUGGAGACUAUCCAAGCGGAUAUGUACAAGAAGGCGGAGGCAUCCUUCACCGAGCACCGCAAGAAGAUCACCAAGUGGGAGGAUGUUCUUCCUGCCCUUGACGACAAACAUGUUGUCCUCAUUCCUUUCUGUCUUGAUGGCAAGUGCGAGGACCGCAUUAAGGAGUUGACCACCCGUGCCGAGGACAAUCGAGACGUCGCAGAGAACCAAAAACUUCCUUCCAUGGGCAUGAAGAGUCUUUGCAUCCCAUUUGAGCAGCCCGAAGGGAGCGAGCUUGUCCCUGGCGAAACUGCUUGCCUGAACCCCGAAUGCUCUGGCAAGGCACAGAAAUGGGUCAUGUUUGGCAGAAGCUACUAG